CACGUUGCGAACUAGACCAUAUCAUCUCUAUACCGCCGCAGGAUAUCUCAUUUAAAUCGCGCAAAGUUUGCGACUAGGUUGAAUAUCAUCAUGGGUCUUCCAGUAUGGCGCGACCCCGAGGAAACACGAAGCGGCACCAGCAGCCCGGCAGCGAUAUCUCGAGUCAAGAACGACAGUACCGCGGCAUCACGCUCACCCAUCCGUCGUCUUCGCGCCUCUCGUCCGACGACCAGUCUCCAUCGCAUCGGCCAACCACCAUCAGUGCCUGACGCUCCUCGUCAACGCGUGGCUUCGAGCGAACGUCACUUUGACUUGGCCUACUAUCUCGGCGACGACAACUCGUCUGAACAAACCUCCGACUCGAGUCAACGACGCUCUGGACCAAGCAGCUUUCUGCCUCCACCCCUUGAGCGCGAUCGCCCACAGUCUCGCAAUGCCGUCUCGUCAAGCCUCCCGACCCCUCCCCUGGAUACACCAGAGCCGACCGCUUCUUCUCGCAUCGUCCUGUUGCGCCCUUCACAACAAUCUCCACAUCCCCUGAGCUUCGCCCACCGCCCAGUCUCUCCUGAUGAUGGUCUGGGUGACCGCAAUCGUAGUCCUUCUCCAAUAGCAGAAGCCUGGCACGUCAUCGGCUCUACCAUCACCCCUGACGACUCGCUACCUUCCACACAUUCCAGCUUUGCCUCAGAUGGUGCCUCGGCCGCGUUCCGCCGUGCUGAUUCUCAAGUGGACGCCUUGGCCGACGUAUUUUCAGAUGACUCUAGCUCGACCACCCACGGCCCGUCGGCUGAUGACGAUCGCUCUCGCAACCAAGACCGUCGCGCUGUCGAAUCUCUGCUGUACGACUUUGCCAUGCAGACUGCCGAAGGCAGAGCUCAAAUACAACUCAUCCGCCGUAUGGCACCCGAAGACACUUUGUGGAUACGCCAUCACAGUAAUGCAAGCCAGGAAGAUGAGGGAGGCAGUAAUGACCACAACGACGACGACACCAAUCAAGAUGCUCCUACCCGACGUCCUUCUCAAUUCAACUCGGAUAUCCGCGAGCGUUCUCGUCAAGUUGCGGCAUCAACUAUGCGAUACUUCGGCAACACACAGCGCGAGUCUGCUCGUCGCACGCAUCGUAUUGGGCAGACUCGUAACACCGAUGAUACUCCUCCUCGCUCACGCUCUACCUCACCCAGCGGAUCUACACUCUUUCCCGACCAAGCCGCGAGACGCACAAACACAUUCCUUGAACGUGCGGUGAGAGAGGCUGAGCGACAUGUACAUGAUGGGGGAGACUAGGACACUCUACCCAUCCUGCAAAUGAUAUCUCGUCGGAUCCGAGCUUUGUCUGGCUCGAGUUUGUGAGAGUGCACUGCAUUUUAUGAUUGUUACAAGCGUUGGUGUCAGGCGUUUUUCGUGGUACGCAGUAUGCUCCACUUGAGGGCGGGUAUGUUUGAGCAUGGACUGCUGGUCAGUCUUGUUUCGCUUUUGAGUCGCUCUCUUUUAUCGUUCAUUUCUAGCUCAUCAUAAAAAGUCCAACAGAACAAAAGACAACCUUGACAAGAG